AUUACAAGGGGGAUUUUUUGGCCGGUUCUUGGCCGCUUAAACCAUUUUCGGAAGAGCUUCCUAUCCACGAGCGGAAAGCAGAGUGGGCGCGUUUUAAAGGACAAUAUGAGAGAAUAGUGAUGUGUAAAGGAAAAGUGAAUUCGGAAAUGAAGUUGAUAGCUUUGAAAGUAUUUGCUGGAAGCUAUCUGCUAAACAUUAUAGAAAUGCAGGAAAGACGAGUGAAAAGUGGUGAAGGGGACGUGUAUACAGAAACAGUGAAAGGGGUAGACGAUUUUUUCAACGGCAUAUGUGAUGAGGGAAAAGAAAGGAUGAAGCUGAGAGAAAUGAAAAUGGAAGCUGAUGAAACAUUUGGUGAUUGGGUGUUAAGAUUAGAAGCUCAAGUGAAAUUCUGUGGUCUGCCAGAAGAACAGAAAACUGAAGAGUUAGUGCAAGCUGUGUUGCGACGUUCGGUUCCCCAGAUUGCCGAAAAAUUGUUUGAAAUGGCAGAUUUAUUUGGGAAUGAAUUGGACAAAUUAGUAAAGCAUGGUAAACACCUUGAUUUCGUAAGAAUGGAAAAGAGAGAGAUAGAACAAAAGCUUGCCAAAAGCACGACAAAAGAAUUUACAGAUAGCGAUAAUUAUGUAGCGGCAGUGACUUCGUGGAGAACGAAAAGGGAACGAUAUGAGCCGUACGAACAACAUCAAAACAAGAGACUAUCGGGAAUGCAUCCAAACGGUUUUCGGAACACGUAUAAUAAGGGAGCAACGAAAUGCUCAAAGUGUGACAAAAUACAUGGCUGGGGGAAGUGUGGAGCAUCCAGAUCAAAAUGCUUCCGGUGCGGUGCCAUAGGACAUCUGGCAAUUUGUUGCAGAACCAGAUUGGGAUCAAAUCGAUUUCCAAAUGUGGUGAAGAAGCAGACCGAGGACAUUAAUCAGUUUUCCGGCGAACGAGGAAGGCAUGCAGUAACCGACGAUCCAAGGCGCAUUAACUGCAUGAUCGGAAAUGUGCCUAUCAUUUUCUUACUAGAUACUGGGGCAUCGGUGAACACUGUUACUGCUGAGAGUUGGUGGCAAAUAAGGACACACGCCCAGUCGAGUGUGCGUGAAUGGCAGCCACACCCUGAAACAACACUGCGGAGUUAUGCGAAUAGUGCAGUUUUGGACAUGAUAUUUUGA